CUUGUAUCCAUGAAAACGCCUAGAGAAGAUGGCUGAUGUAAGCCUGAAGGAAGCCACACUAAUAGUUGGUGUGGUGGCAGCCUGCUACUGGAACAGUCUCUUUUGUGGCUUUGUUUUUGAUGAUGUUUCAGCAAUUUUGGACAAUAAAGAUUUGCAUCCUUCUACUCCAUUAAAAAAUCUGUUUCAGAAUGACUUCUGGGGCACUCCAAUGUCUGAGGAGAGAAGUCAUAAAUCUUAUCGUCCCCUUACAGUUCUUACGUUUCGCUUGAACUACUUGUUCAGCGAGUUAAAUGCAGUUUCUUACCACUUCCUAAAUCUGGUCUUUCAUGGGGUGGUUUGUGUAGUCUUCCUCAAGGUCUGCAAGCUUUUUCUGGAUAACAGGAGCAGCGUAGUGGCAUGCUUGCUCUUUGCAGUGCACCCAAUACAUACUGAAGCGGUAACUGGAGUUGUGGGCAGAGCAGAGCUUCUAUCAUCUAUCUUUUUUCUAGCUGCUUUUCUGUCAUAUACAAAAUCUAAAGGGCCAGAUAAUACAAUUGUGUGGACUCCAAUUGCGGUAACUGUGUUUCUAGUAGCUGUUGCAACGCUGUGUAAAGAACAAGGAAUAACAGUGGUGGGGAUAUGCUGUGUGUAUGAAGUAUUUAUUGCUCAAGGGUACACCUUGCCAGUGUUGUUGGACACAGCUGUACAGAUUCUUCAAGGGAAGGGCAGUAUUCCUUUCUCUAUGCUCCAAACACUGUUGAAGCUCAUAGUCCUAAUGUUCAGUACGCUGCUGCUUGUAGUUGUCAGAGUCCAAGUUAUCCAGUCUCAACUUCCAGUGUUCACAAGGUUUGAUAACCCAGCUGCUGUUAGUCCCUCCCCAGCAAGACAGCUGACUUUCAACUACCUCCUCCCUGUAAAUGCUUGGCUUCUUCUCAACCCCUCAGAAUUAUGCUGUGACUGGACAAUGGGAACUAUUCCUCUUGUGGAGUCUUUGUUAGAUGUUAGAAAUGUUGCCACCCUUACCUUCUUUUGCUUCCUGGGAUCUUUGAUUGUCUUCAGUCUCCGAUAUCCUGGGGAUUCCUCCAAGACUGUAUUGAUGGCACUCUGCUUAAUAGUGCUGCCAUUCAUUCCUGCAUCAAACCUCUUUUUUCCUGUUGGAUUUGUAGUAGCAGAACGAGUGUUGUAUGUUCCAAGCAUGGGAUUCUGCAUUUUAGUAGCACACGGAUGGAAGAAAUUAUCAAAUAAAAG